GUAUUAAUAUAAUACAUAUGUCUAAUCAGGAUGAUGUUCCCCCGCGAUAUGCUGAUACUGGUGCUCGUCAAUCAAGAGCUCGAAUGGAAUAUGAUUAUGGGGGCAGUGCUUCACAGUAUGGUGAUGCUUAUGGUGAUAGAGUUGGAAGAUCAAAUCUUGGAUAUGGCAGUGGCAGCCGAAGUUCUAUUUCUGGUCAAGAAUCACACGGGAUGUAUAGCAGUCGGCAGGGAACAGGUUAUGGUGGAGGAUCUUAUGGUGGCAGUGAUGUUGGAGGCAUGUACUCGUCAAGUUAUGGUGGUGAUUACGUUUCUCGUGGAAGUGAUGUUGGCGGCAGCUCAUAUUCGUCAAUGUAUUCUGGCAGAGGUGCCGGCGGCGGUAGCAGUUACAUGGGCAGCGGUGGAUCUGGAUCUUAUUAUUGAGAUCUAUUAUAAUAAAGUGGCUGUCAUAGGAUGACGGCCUUUGAAGCUUAUGGAUGUUAUGAAGCCUACAAUUUGGAGACAAAGGAACAUUGCUAUUUAUAGCAAUAUAUUUGGGAAUUUGUCGCAAAAAAGAGUGUCAUGUCAAUCCAAGCUAUCUUGGGUCUUCUCUGGAUGGGAUGUAAUAUAUCAGUUCUUGAUUUUGUGCUGUAUGGAGUCAAGUUAAUGAGAGACGGAAAAAGAAAUAUUUAGCAGUGAUGUGUAAUCAAACCUUGAUUUAUGAUACCAUUUAUGGGCAGAUAAUGUUAAAGAUUUGUCACUGCUCUUCCUUUCAUUUGGACAGAGACCAAGGCUAGGGAUGCCUUCUUGUUUGGUUAAGGAUUAAUGGAAUUUUUAUCUGCUGAAUUUAUCAAAAAGUUGGUUCUCUA